CGAACUCCGGCUCUGCAGCGUCUUCUUCCCUGCAUUAUGUCUUUUUGACGCUAAAAGAAAACUGUAAAGUGAGGUUUUGAUGUCUUUGGACCGUUUUCAAGAGUGAAAAGAGCCCCUCCGAAAAGCACCGCUACUGGGGGAAGAUGGGCGCUCUGGACAGCCUGAGGGAGUUUAACAUUCUGAGAUGGUUGCGGGAAGAGAGGCAGUCGAGACGGCUGAUUCUUCUCAUCGUGUUCAUCGCGCUUCUGCUGGACAACAUGCUCCUCACGGUGGUGGUACCCAUAAUCCCAAGCUACUUGUACACCGCAGAACAUGAAUCUCCAUUGACCAAACCUCACAUGGAGCGCCCUGACCUCGGGUCUCGGUCGUCUUCAGACGCCUUUUACAGCAUUUUCUCAUACUAUGACAACUCAACCCUGGUGACCAGCAACACCUCUGCUGAAACAACCCAAAGCCCGGACAGUUUCCCAUCUAGCACCACUCAGACUGCAGUGAUGAACACCACCGAUGCCAACUCAGACUGUCCAAAAAAGGACAAGGAUCUUGUGAAUGAAAAUGUGAAAGUUGGCUUGCUGUUUGCUUCAAAGGCCACCGUACAGCUGAUAACGAACCCAUUCAUCGGGGUGCUGACCAACAGAAUUGGAUAUCAAAUCCCAAUGUUUGCCGGCUUUUGCAUCAUGUUUGUUUCUACCAUCAUGUUUGCUUGUUCAGAGAGCUAUGCUUUCUUAUUUCUUGCAAGAUCUCUCCAGGGAAUCGGGUCCUCCUGUUCUUCAGUAGCUGGUAUGGGAAUGCUUGCCAGUGUCUACACGGCUGAUGAAGAACGUGGGAAUGCAAUGGGCAUUGCGCUUGGAGGUCUGGCAAUGGGAGUCCUCGUGGGCCCCCCCUUUGGCAGUAUAAUGUAUGAAUUUGUGGGAAAAUCUGCACCAUUCCUGAUUUUGGCCGCCCUGGUGCUGGUGGAUGGAGCCCUCCAGCUCAUUGUGCUUGAGCCUUCUAAAGUGCAGCCCGAGAGUCAGAAAGGAACAUCACUCUUCAUUCUGUUGCGAGACCCUUACAUCCUGAUUGCAGCAGGCUCUCUGUGCUUUGCUAACAUGGCCAUUGCGAUGCUGGAGCCCGCACUACCCAUCUGGAUGAUGGAGACCAUGUGUUCCCGGAAAUGGCAACUAGGUGUUGCAUUUGUUCCUGCCAGCAUCUCUUACCUGAUUGGAACCAACAUCUUUGGCGUCCUGGCUCACAAAAUGGGAAGAUGGCUCUGUGCACUUCUCGGAAUGAUAAUUGUGGGUGUAAGCAUUCUGUGUGUGCCAUUUGCGACCAGCAUCUAUGGGCUUAUUGUACCAAACUUUGGAGUUGGCUUUGCCAUUGGGAUGGUGGACUCUUCAAUGAUGCCUAUCAUGGGGUACCUUGUUGACCUGCGCCAUGUGUCGGUCUAUGGCAGUGUGUAUGCAAUUGCAGAUGUGGCUUUCUGCAUGGGCUACGCUUUGGGUCCAACCACCGGGGGCGCCAUCACUCGGUCCAUUGGGUUUCCCUGGAUGAUGACUAUAAUCGGGGUCAUCGAUAUUCUUUUUGCUCCUCUGUGCUUCUUCUUGCGAAGUCCACCAGCGAAAGAAGAAAAGAUGGCGAUCCUGAUGGAUCACAACUGCUCGACAAGAACGAGGAUGUACACAACUCAGGACAACUCGCAGCCGUACCCCAUGAUGGAAGAUGAGGAGUCGGAAAGUGAUGAGUAGCCAAACCCUGUUCUCCCUUUCUCUCUGUCUCUCUCUCUCUUUGUCGCCAGAGAAGUCACCCUUUUAUUGUGCACGCCUCCGCGGUGUUUUCAUUUGUGUGUGCGUAUGCGUGCGCGUCUUCAUGGAAAAAGUCGUGUUUUUAUGUGUGCCGUGCGGAUAUUGUGUGCCCAGUCAAGCAAACCAAAGCUAUUUUUAUUGCGGCCAAUUGAUUAGCUAAAAGAGUCACGAUCAACCACUGGCCUUAUGGGGGGAACGAGAAUGGCUUUUAUGUUGGAAAAAAAUUAUUUUUAUGUAUUUCCUUUUGUUAAUAUAGCAUAUAUUUUUAAUUAUCUAUUUAAAGCUCUAUGUCAUGGGGAUUGUAUUUCUUGAUGCUGUACGUCAAAUGAAGUUUUAUUUUUUGAUUGUCUUUACUGUGUAACCUUUGAUAAAGUCGAGAGUCGCUGGCCUGUAAGCUGUCUGUGCGGUUGACGGUGGAAUUAAAAGUGGAACAGGGGGCCGCAGUCACAUUCCGACUCGAUUAGCGGGUCACAAAAUGCAGUGCUUAACCUCACAGAUCACCACCAGGGGGCAUCAGCACCUCCUAAUGCAGGGGUCCCUACCUCCAGUCCUGGAGGACCACCACAUCUGUAGGUUUUCAUUCUGACCCUUUUCUUAAUGAGUGACCUAU